AUGGCUUUAAACGACCUCAUGUGGAAUGGAGAUUUGGUCCAAAAAAGCAAAGAUGAGGUACUUUUGAGGUGCAUGGGAAAGAAAGAGUACAUGAAGGUCAUGGGAGAAACCCAUGAAGGAAUCUGUGGAGCUCAUCAAGGAGGAAGAAAAAUGUAUUGGUUAAUUAGAAGGUAUGGCUACUUCUGGCCAACUAUGAUGAAGGAUUGCAUUGACUAUUCCAAGGGAUGUGAGGCUUGUCAAAUGCAUGGUUCAAUCCAGCAAGCUCCUUCAGUUCCCAUGAAUCCAGUGGUCAAGCCAAUAGGAAACAACAUUGGCUAG